GGCACGCCCCCAAGCCCAGGCAGGGGUGGGGCCUCGCAGACUUCGCAGCCGGCGCGAUGCCGCAACCAGCCGUACGGCUGGUGAGGUUGAGGCUGGUGUCGUACGGUGAGCUGCUAACGUUGCAGGAGCGCUGGCUGCAGCGGCUACAGGACGGGCCAGGGACCGAGGCGGGCGCGCUCCUGCUCUGCGAACCUGCGGGGCCCGUGUAUACGGUACGCCUGUGCGAGCUCCAGGGCUUACCCGGCGCCCGCGCGCUGCCUCCGCCUUACACCGGCGUCUGGCUGGGUGAGCGCAAGAUCUGCGCGAUCGGAGUCCGUUGUGGAAGGCACAUCACGUCCCACGGCCUGGCGCUGAACUGCUCUACCGACCUCACGUGGUUUGAGCACAUUGUGCCCUGUGGGCUAGUUGGGACAGGCGUCACUUCCCUGAGUAAGGAGCUCCAGAGGCAUGUCACUGUGGAUGAAGUAGUACCACCUUUCCUUGAGGCCUUUAAGGAGACCUACAAGUGCACAUUGAUCACAGAGAACAGCCUCAACUGAAGAGUGCUUAUGUUAUCAAAGCCUGGAGGUCCUGCCUUGGAAAGCACUACACCUGACUUGGAGUCACUGAAAUCUAGAUUCUGGACCUGGCCCUGUCAUUCACUCACCAUGAGACUAUGGGCAAAUCAUGAGCUCUGAGCCACUGUUUCAUAUAUAUCCUGGUUUAUUUAUUUCUUCCCCGCCUAUGCCAGAUAUAGAUGUGAAAACAUUAUGAAAAGUAACACAUGCUAUAUAAAUAUAAAGCAUUAGCACUAGUGCUAAUGACACCAUUUUCUCAGCUUAGAAAAACUCAGAUAUUGUAGGGUGUCAUUUCUCAAAUAUUUAUUACCUCCUCAAUACUGUUGAGGAGGUAAUAAUUGAGUUAAGUGUGGGCUCCAGUUCCUUUGAUUUUUGUAGGCAUCAUAUCUCUGGAUUAUCAGGUGAAGGUGAUGUGAAGUGGUGCUUUCUGCAAUAAAGGGAAAGGAAAAGGCUUCUUUAAAGAAUAAAAUGGAAUUCUGUGUUCCUGGGUUUGAUUCCUCAAAUCUGAUAUUUAUUUUUAGUUAGGUAACCUGAGCUCAGCCAGAGGCUGGGGGAAAGAGAAGAAUAAUUUCUCACACUGUACAAAUGCCAGAGAUAGAAGUAAGUUUUCAUAUAUGAAAUCUCUUAAGUUUAUGAGAUUGUGUAUUAUCUAUUGCUGUGUAACAAAUCACCGCCAAAUUUAAUGACUUAAAAGAAUAAACAUUUAUUGUCUCA